UYCAGYCCRCUAGCAACCCCCAGGUCACAUCUACCAAGCCCGCUAGCACCCGCCAGCUUACAUACAUCCAGMCUGCUAGCAAYCCCCAGGUCACAUCUACCCAGCCCRAUAGCGAACUCAAGUUCACAAGCACGGCUGUACUGACGCCAGCACUGAAAGUGUUGACCCCAGGCCCCAUCUCCUUGAGCAAGGYCCAACAACUGAAGGAGCCGUCAYCCCCCCGCUGUCUGCAUUACGUUAAGACGGUGGUGCCCAAGGGCAGCAAGCGCCGCAUGAGACGGUCAAGAGUCACGAGAAACAGGCAGGCGUUUGAAGAAAGGUGUAAUAAAUACAGGAAAGAGGUUCUGAGAAAGAGGAGAAUAUAUCGAGAUCUCCAAGGGAAGAGAGAUGGACUGAUUGCAAGAGCUGCRGCGAAAGUGGCCGCUCAGUUGGCUGCAAAGUAUCCCAGGGCCCUCUCUGAAGCGGAGGCAGAGAGCRAUGUUGAAGGGGAGAAAAAAACAAUGCCUGAAGAAGYGAUUAAGGGGAAACUAAAGAAGAAGCUUGAAGAGUUCAACCUGAAGAUGAAGCGGAAAUCGACGCAACAAACACCAACAUAAACUCAAAGGCAGUUUGUUAUCUUCACUUUGGCAUCAUGAGCUCCUCCCACUAGAAUAGAACCKGCUGCUGACCCAUCCAGACCCUAUGGACAUCAGUUGGCUUACAUUGUUACCUAUCAACCAUUUAUAGAUUUGUAAUCUUUGAGCCACAUCCUUUAAGGCUACAUAGUGAAGAUUUUUUUUCAGAUUGGAUUAAUCUGUAGUAGCAUGGGUACGGUCAGGGGAUUUUCUUGACAACGUGAUCUGACUAGCAAAAAUGAUUGCCUAUAUAGGCUUUUCGCUUUAAUUAGGUCCUGGAGAUUUUCCUAGGCUGGUCAUUUGGUCAGGAAAAACUCYUAACCCAUUUCUCUGGAUCCUCUUUCACUGUGUAUAUAUACAAAUAAAGAGUUAUUUUAUUUCUUUUUCUCAAAAAGUUACUUCAGUGUGGAAGUCGUGCUGAUGCUCUAAACUAUGCUUCACACUCCGUCCUGUUGGCGGCAGUAUUGGAAUUUUAAUCAUAAGAAGGUGAAAAAUCUACAGAAGCGGGUACAGCAGAAAAAUAAAAUACUUUUUGUCUUUGGCUAGCUAGAUCGUUACUUUUGUGCUAGCUAAUAUAUACAUUUUUAUGCAAUUGUAUUUCAAGUCAAACACUCUGUCAGUCUUUGGUAGCGUACGUGGAACUUGUUUGACGCCUCAAAAUCUGAAAUGACUGCGAACAUAAUGAGAUGGAACCCUCUUUCAGGCCUAAGACGAAGAGCGCGGGUGAGGUUGCAGACAGGAGUGAACCUGAAGAGUCAUCCCAGCUCAGGCACGCUGGAAGAUAACAUACCCAAUGGAUCCAGAGAGGUACAGCCCGCGGUGGCAGUAAGGAGAAGCUAGUGGGGAUUCGGAGGAGUUCGGAGGAGUGCCUCUGAUAUGAGCUACAUCAUGGAUCCAUCGUCCAGAGACUGGAGCGAAGGCUCAUUGAGGGGUAAGCGGUGCUCCCUUCUCCCCAGACACAGAUGGGGACGUUGAUGGAGAUCCUGUGCAGCCCAGUGUGGACCUGGAACUCGCUCGUAAGAAGAAGGAGCUGGAGGUCAUAGAGGAGAAGAUAGCUCGCAAGAAAGCUGUUCUUGCUACACGAGAGCUUGAACACGGAGCUAAGGACAUGCCUAAAAAACAGACUGCAUCCACAACAGUGAAGGGCAUCUCUAAACAGACCAAGAUGAACAAUACAAUAUUCAAAACAUACAACAAUGUUGCCGACAGGUCGUCACGCGUAUGCCUACCUCUUAAACGGAGGGUGCUGGACAUUCUAAGUAAGUUCGGAAGAACACCGGUACGGUACCUACUGCGUAAGGAUACCCCUGCCAAGCUGAAGAAACAAAACAAGAUGCGAGCAUUGGAGCUGAUGAUUAGCGCUCCCCUAGAAAAUGAAGAGGCCCGUCCUCUGAGACUGAAAGUGAAGGCUUUAAUGAACCAGCGAUGCUCUCCCAACAAUGAGGAGGUGGUCCCUGAUGAUAAACCGCAUAAUCCAACCAUUCAGAGGCCAGUUCAUUCACUCAGGACACAGGAGCAAGACAAAGCAGCCACAGGCUUCCAGCGCUUCCUCAAUGUCCUCAAUGAAGGGGUGGACAUCAACAAGUUCUCAAAGAUCGUCAACGACGAAAAUGAGUUACCCGUUGUGGGCGAGAAGCUACCACAAGUUUGGCCGACUCUGCCCGAAGGUCAUGUUGACUCCAGCAGUAGAUCCAAGUCUUCUCCAGUUGAGGAGAAGAAGAAGGUGAUGCUUGAGGAUGAGCAGCGGUACGAGCAGAUGCAGACCCUGCUGGAGAUCGUUGGGCUGGACUUGGGGGUUGAGAAGUUGGGUCAGCUGACAGAUAGAACCAAUGACAGGCUGUAUGGGAAGAUGGGAGACUUGAAAAGGAAGUUCAAGAAUGAGAAGGGAAAAGAGAAAAAGGAGAGCGAGCCCUCAUUUUAACAUCUCAGUACUUCCUCAUUACCAUCAGACAGCGCCAGCCCUAGCCCCCUUCUAAACCAGCACUCAAACAUGACUGUUGAAUACAGCAGCUCUA